CAAACACCAUGAUCAAACUCAUCACAUUCCUUCUCUUUAGUUUAACUUUCGUCUUGUUUAUUUCAUCAUCUUUCCAAACAGGACCAAUUUGGCCAUACGAAUGGUCAACCCUUGCCUAUCAAAAUUCAGGUGGUUUUGUCGACACCAAUCCUUCCAAACUUGCCACCUAUCGUAUCUUCAAUUCCUAUCAAUUAAAAGCCGAAAGAAUUGAAAUCCAAUUCUUCAACGAACCAUUACUCAUCCAAAUCCAUGCAGGUUUCACUCAAUAUUCAUUCUAUCCACAUAAUAAUACGUGCAAUGUUGUUGAAUUGGGUUUCAAUCCACUUCCAUAUAAUUGGUUACAAAAUGCAACAUUUGCUGGAAAUCAAGUUGUAAAUGGAGUUAAUUGUAGAGUGUGGAAGAGAUUGACUUCUACUUAUUGGGAAGAUGAAACUGAUGGAACUCCUGUUAAGGUUAAUGAGAGUGACUUUUUUGUGUGGAAUUUCAUUUCUGGAACUUUCAAGGCAGGAAAUCAAAAUAAGAAUUUGUUUGAUAUUCCAGUUUAUUGUAAAAAGAAUAGAAAGUAAAUUAGUUUUAUUGGAAU